AAUUCGGUACCAGGCACGAAAGACUUUGCGCCUUGCGCAAUCAAAUCCUAGCUGGUACCGCCACACCUGCCUCCUGGGCAGAGUUUAACCACAGAUGCGCCCUCCUAUACAUGGAAAUCAAGAGCCGCGCCCAGUUCCUCGCCGGCACACCGUACGUCAUGAACACGCCAAAAGUUGCCGAAACAAUCUUCCCCGUCAUGAUAUUCCUCGAUGAAGGGUACAAGCUCUCCGAAGUAGACCAGAUGGGCAUCUAUGCGAACUAGUUCACGCCGCAGUGGCAGCCCUUUGUCUACAUGGUCGGCGACAAGCACCAGACAGGCGUCUCAACCAAGCAAACGCGCGACAACGCAAACUUCGCCGAAAACGCAGCCCACUCGAUGAUGGCCCGCCUCAUGGACUGCGGUUUCGCAUACUCUCAACUCCUUACCUCCGAACGCUCCUGCGAAGCCAUUGUGAAACCCAUCAGUAAAGCCUGCUACGGCGGCCUCAUGAAAGCAUCUGGCCGGCGUGACCCUCCCAAGGACCCCAACGGCCCAUGCUACGUCGCCCUCCUUCAGCACGUAUUCAACCUGCCGAGCCCGCACAACGUCGUCUUCAUCAACGCCGCCACAUCCCCCGCGACACUCGUUAGCAAAAGCCUGCUCAACACCGACUCCCUCCGCAUCGAGCUCUCCAUUGCCAAAGCCCUCCUCCGCAGUACCACGGCCGGCUUUAGCACCGGCAUCAGCGCCGCCGACAUCCUGCAUAUCAGCCCCUACGCUGCACACAAAGCCCUCGCCAGCAAGACAUUCCAGCGUCUAGACCCGCGCCUCCAGGCCACCACCAUCGUCGCAUUCGACCGGCCAGGCUUCAUGAAGGAGCACAGCCGGAUCAUCGUUGCGCCGACGCGCACGCAGUACGGCCUCGUUGUUGUCGGGAAUAUGUCGCAUUUAUUGCGCAGUGGGGCUUUUCGCGGCCGUCAUUCGCUCUCUGUGCUAAACUAUGGGCGGAAGUGCGCGGGGGCUGUGGUGGAGUUUGAUAUGCAGCAGAUCGCUGGGCUGGCGGAGCUUUGAUCCAUUUGAAUGCCUCUUAGUUUUGCUUUGCUUGGCUGUUGUAUAGGACCUAUGUAGCAUAGAUAAGUAACAUGGUACAGAAGCAUAUAUAAAUAGAUGAAAUAGAGGAAACAGAUCAUAG